UAAGGGUUUGGGGCUUGGAGAGCGACUUUGAAGAAAAGCCCUGAAACCCUCAUCUCCUUUCCUUCGUCUGCUGUGGCCGUCACUCUACCUCGGCAGAUUCAACCGACGAUGGCUUCGGAGAAGAAGCUUUCGAACCCCAUGCGCGAUAUUAAAGUCCAGAAGCUGGUUCUUAACAUUUCCGUCGGCGAAAGCGGCGAUCGUCUCACCAGAGCCGCCAAGGUGCUUGAACAACUAAGUGGCCAAACCCCCGUCUUCUCGAAAGCCCGUUACACCGUUCGGUCUUUUGGGAUCAGGCGUAAUGAGAAGAUCGCGUGCCAUGUGACAGUGAGGGGCGAAAAGGCAAUGCAACUUCUUGAAAGUGGUUUGAAGGUUAAGGAAUACGAACUCUUGCGCAGGAACUUCAGUGAUACUGGCUGCUUUGGUUUUGGUAUUCAGGAGCAUAUUGAUCUCGGAAUCAAGUAUGACCCUUCUACUGGUAUAUAUGGUAUGGACUUCUUUGUUGUUCUAGAACGUCCAGGUUACCGUGUAGGGCGUCGACGUCGAUGCAAGUCACGUGUUGGAAUUCAGCAUAGAGUCACCAAAGAGGAUUCAAUGAAGUGGUUUCAAGUUAAAUAUGAAGGUGUCAUCCUUAAUAAGUCUCAAAACAUUACUGGCUAGAUUACCCUCAACUUUGGUGGCUUUACAGGUUUUUGUAGUCUCUUUGUUUUUUUAUUGGAAUUUACUUUAAGGUUGAAGACAUUGAUUAUUUUUUACCUGUAUUCUUGAGACUGAAAAAAAAAAACUUCAUUCUAAUGGAAAUUUUAUUAUCUUGCGA